AUGACCAACGAGAAGCAUCCUGUUCAUUUACUUACACCUCUAGACAACGUUGCACCCAGUAUCCACCUCCAGAAACAUCUCUACAUUCCUGCUCGCGAUGACCCUUCUGCUCUCCUUACCACUCUUCGAGACGCAUUGGCACGGACGAUCACUGAGGUGCCCAUGCUAGCUGGUUGCGUCGGUCCUAACGCGACUGGUGCGCAAAGAGGUUCUUUACUAGUUGAAGGGCCGUAUCUACGUGCUGGUGACAUACUCUUGGUGAAAGAUCUCCGGGAUAUGUUGAUGCUUGCGCAAGUAUACCUCCUACAUGGAGGGUUAUUUCUAUUUGUUGCCAUUGCCCAUACCGUGGUGGAUGAAAGGGGUCUGUUCAAUAUCCUUCGAGUUUGGUCAACGCGGUGUCGAGGAGGUCAAGAUGUACCACUUGUUGAACCGCACUGGACCGACAGAAAAGCAUUGAUGCAACAACAAGGAAAAGCACUAUCAGAAGAUACCAUAGCAAACCUUAUAUCACCCGAAGGCGAGCCGACUAGCAGCUCCAAGACCAUAAGCGGGCAUUCUGUUAUGCAGUCAACUCUGCCACCAUCAUCAGUUGGGCCCGCAGUGUUCUUCUUUUCGAACUCUUCCCUGGCUCGGCUCAAACUUGCCGCGAGCGCAACCAUCGCUGGCCAAAGCUCGCCGUGGAUCUCUACCAAUGAUGCCCUCUGCGCCCUCUUCUGGUGCAGCAUAACAAGAGCACGAGCGGGCGAGUCCUCAGACAACAAUAUCAUCACCACAGUCUCAUACUUCAACAUGAUGAUCGACUGCCGAAGCCGCCUCUUGCCUCCCCUUCCAGCCGACUACAUUGGCAACUCAGUUCUUGCCACCAAAACCCACGCAACAUUCGGCUACCUCCUCUCCUCAGACCCGUCCCGACUCGCCGACGUAGCCAGCAUGCUCCGAACCUCACUUCUCGCCGUCAAUGAUACUUACAUCAAAGACCUCAUCGGGACCAUCCGAUCAGCCCCCAAUAUCAGCUCCGUGACGCGACCGGCCUAUCCUUCCUUCCAGCGUAACGUGGCGUGCACUUCCUGGGCGAAUCAGGCAUACUAUGAACUGGACUAG